AUGGCGGCGGCGGCUGCGCGGAGCGCUCGCCUGGUGGCCUGGGGCGAAAGGCUGCGGCGCGGAGCGACUGCCAGGCCCCUGGCGGCGUCCCUGGCCGGCGUCGCGCUGGCAGGAGCGGGAGUGGCCUGGUACCACGGCCUCGUCCAUGUGGCCGCGCCACAGGGCCGCCCCUCUGUCCCAGCGCAGAAAAAUGGUGAUUGUGGAAAGAUUAUGAAGAAGAUGUCUCUUCGUAAACAGCGCUUCAUGCAGUUUUCUUCACUGGAACAUGAAGGAGAAUAUUACAUGACACCACGAGACUUCCUCUUUUCAGUAAUGUUUGAGCACAUGGAACGUAAAACUUCAGUCAAGAGACUGACAAAAAAGGAUAUUGAGGAUAUACUGGCAGCAAUCCAAACAACUCAUUGUGGAUCAACCUUUUUUAGAGACCUUGGCGAUAAAGGGUUAAUUUCAUAUACUGAGUAUCUUUUCUUGCUUACAAUCCUCACUAAACCCCAUACCGGGUUUCAUGUUGCUUUUAAAAUGCUGGAUGCAGACGGUAAUGAGAUGGUUGAGAAAAAGGAAUUUUUUAAGCUUCAGAAGAUCAUAAGUAAACAGGAUGACUUGAAGACAAUAACUAAUGAAACAGAAUGCCAGGAACCAAAAGUGAAAGAACCUGAAAUUAACACAACCCUUCAGAUACGUUUCUUUGGAAAAAGAGGAGAAAGAAAACUUCAUUAUAGAGAAUUUCGCAGGUUUAUGGAGAAUCUACAGACGGAGGUCCAAGAAAUGGAAUUUCUGCAGUUCUCUAAAGGUUUGAGUUUCAUGAGGAAAGAAGACUUUGCAGAGUGGCUCCUUUUUUUCACUAACACUGAAAAUAAAGACAUUUAUUGGAAAAAUGUGAGAGAGAAGUUGUCAGCAGGAGAGAGCAUUAGUUUGGAUGAGUUCAAGUCAUUUUGUCAUUUUACAACCCACUUGGAAGACUUCUCUAUUGCCAUGCAGAUGUUUAAUUUAGCCCAUCGCCCUGUCAGAUUAGCAGAGUUUAAGAGAGCUGUGAAAGUAGCUACAGGACAGGAGCUCUCAAACAAUAUUUUGGACACUGUCUUCAAGAUCUUUGAUUUGGAUGGUGAUGAAUGUCUUAGUCAUGGAGAGUUUCUUGGAGUAUUAAAAAACAGGAUGCACCGAGGUUUAUGGGUACCACAACAACUAAGUGUUCAAGAAUACUGGAAAUGUGUGAAAAAAGAAAGCAUUAAAGGAGUAAAAGAAGUUUGGAAACAAGCUGGAAAGGGUCUUUUUUAG